CGCGACCGUGACGCCGGCCGCACGGUAUAAAGCCGGUCGAAGUCGGUGGAUCCUCACAUUCGAGUAGUGGCCAUCUACUCAGUGGCACAACAAGAACACUAGGAUGCGCUCGUUGCUGGCUCUGACAUGUCUGGUGGCGUCGGCGCUGGCUGCGCCGCAGUUUGCCGGCCAGCCGUACCUGCCGCCUCCGACGCCCAGCUACCCCAACCCGUCCACAUCGUGUCCGCCCGUUAACGACGUCUACCGCACCACCUACGUCACCAACACCGUCAACCGGGACGUGGUGCGAACCAGCCAGGUGGUGGUGCCGCAGACCGUCUACGUGACACGCACGCAGGUGGUGCCCACCGUACAGACGCGCCAGGUCGUGUCCACCCAGAUCGUGGCCACCACCCGGCUCCAGCAGGUCGUCUCCACGGUCGUGCGCACCUCCUUCGUGACGCAGAGCCGUCGCGGCCAGGAUCGCGUCAUCCAGCAGACGGUCACCCGCACUGUGCCUGUCGUGCGGACCAUCACCGAGACGCAGACGCGCGUCCUGACGCAGACGGUGCCGCGAGAGGUCGUGACGACGCGCGUCUCCACGCAGGUGGUGCAGCAGACGCGCCAGGUGCCGCAGAUCUCCACCCAGACCAGCGUCGUCCAGCGCCAGCUGCCCGACCAGACUCAGGUGCGCACCCAGUACGUCACGCAGACGGUCGUGCGGACCCAGACGCUGCCGGCGCAGACGGUCCUGCGCACCGUCACGCAAACGCAGACGAUCGUGCAGACGCAGACGCAGCGGCUGCCCGCCCAGACCGUCACCGUCUCGCGCACCCAGGUGCUGACGCGUACCCAGGAGGUGGUCAGCACCCAGUACGUGCCGCAGGUGGUCACGCAGACGCAGACCAACUACAACACGCAGAUCCGCACCGCCUACCGGACGCAGCAGGUCCAGGUGACGUCCACUAGCGUGCAGCAGCGCGUGCUCUCGCAGACCCAGGUGCGCACCGAUGUGCGCCAGCGCACCGUCACCCAGACCGACUACCGGACGGCCACCGUCAACAGCGUGCAGCAGCUGCCCGGACAGACGAGCACGCAGACGCGCAUCCAGUACGUCACGCUCACCCAGCAGGUGCCGGGCGCCACCCGCACCAUCGUACAGACCCGGACCAACGCGCGCACCGUCACCCAGACGUCCACCGUGGUGCGCGCCCAGGUCAGCACCGUCUACCGCACCCAGGUGGUCAAGGCGACCUGCGGAUACAACUACGACGCGCCCAGCAACCCGCUCCAGUUCUAGACACGCCCUCCACCAUUCGCCCCGCCAUCAAUUGUUACAAUAACUUAUGUUGUCACGUGGUCAGACAACAGCCGUGCACAUUCAGUGUAACCGUGUAAGAGUGUGGACAUCUUCAAAGCCAAGCGUCUCAUACACAACUGUAACGAAAUAAAAGUGUCCAUAAAAACAGA